AUGCCGAAUCUUGCAUUUAGUUACAAAGUAACAAAUGAUCUUGAGAGGUUUUCAGAUAACGUCUCCAGGUGUUUGCUUUCACGUGAAGCUUCACUUCUUCUUCAGAGUUUGCAUCUCAAAAUUAAGUUUAAUGUUAAAGACUAUAUGGAUUAUCAUAUUGGAAUAUUGCUGGGAGUAGCAUUUGGACUGCAAGUGCGUGAAUUGAAACUCCAAGUUUCCCCUCGGAUUUUUCACUCUCUGAGGUUGUUCAGAGUUCCUAGAAGCUUGUAUAACUGUCAGACACUAGAGAGCUUGAAACUCAAUCAACGGAUUCUGAUAGAUGUCCCAUAUCCAGUUUGUUUGAAGUCUCUUAGAACUCUACACCUUAUGGUGAGUUACAAAGACGAUGAAUCAGUUGUCAACCUUUUAUCUGGUUGUUCUCAUCUCGAAAAUUUGGAGGUUGUCCAAUCUACACAACCGGAUGUGAAGAUCUUCACUAUUGAUGUCCCGUCCUUGCAGAGACUAAUAAUCAAGAGCAUUGGUGAAGUGGUCUAUGUGAUAAAGGCUCCUUCUUUAAAAUACUUGAAGGUUGCAAGAUACAUAGGAUUUGAUUCUAUUAUGAUUGGGAAUACACCUGAGCUGGAGGAGGCAGAUAUUAACACCUAUAGUAAAAUCUAUGAUUACACUCUGGGAUCCCUCACUUCAGUCAAACGCCUUUGCUUGGUAUCACACAGUUCGAUUACGUAUCCUACUGGUACCAUCUUCUAUCGGCUCGUAUAUCUGAAGCUACCUUCAAGGACCGAUGAUUGGUUGAAUCUACUUAUGUUCAUGCUUAAUGCUUCUCCUAAAUUACAAGUCCUCAAGCUCACCUGUCAAGAUUGGUCUCAAAAUGAAAAAGAUGGUGUGAAAGUGAAAUGGAGUCAACCGAAGAAUGUUCCUGAAUGUUUGUUGCUUCACCUCGAGACAUUUGUGUGGAAAGGCUAUAAACAACUACUAGAAGAGGAGAAAGAGGUGGUGAAAUACACCCUACUAAAUGCAAAGCGUUUGAAGAGAGCAACAUUUUCCAUUAAAGGCCUUAACUCGGACGAGAGAAUUAAGAUGGUCAAAAAGUUGGAAAGUCUGGUCAGGGCUUCGAAAUCAUCUUGCCAGCUUCGUUUGCUCGAAUGA